UGACUGCGGCUGCAGAGCCUACGGGCACCAUGGGUGACAUCCCAGGGAUUAUUAAUAUCAGGUUUUAACGGGAAAGUACUGGAAAUGGCUGAAAGGCUGGAGUGGGUGGAGAUCAUCGAGCCGCGCACGCGGGAGCGCAUGUACGCCAACCUGCUGACGGGCGAGUGCGUGUGGGACCCGCCGCAGGGCGUGCGCAUCAAGCGCUCCGGUGACGACCAGUGGUGGGAGCUGUUCGACCCCAACACGUCCAGGUUCUACUACUACAGCGCCGCGUCCCAGCGCACCGUGUGGCACCGGCCCCGCGACUGCGACAUCAUCCCACUUGCCAAGCUGCAGACUCUCAAGCAGACCGCCGACGGCGAGCCCAAUGCCGCCUCUCCGCCACGGCAACAGCGCCAAGCUCCCCGCCGCCGACGCGCCUCUGCUGACAGUAGCCCUGGCCGGGGCAGUGCUGUCAGCACCUCCUCCUCGCUGGACCAGGAGCUGGCAGACAAGCAGAGCACCAUCACCACUGCAGAGGGGGAACGGACAUCCCCAUUCCGCUGGAAUACUGGCACCAAGGAGCGAAUGCUGAUCAAGGUGACAGACCGCGACCCCAGCUUCCUGUCCCAGCAGGAUGACGGCUUCAUCCCAUGCGAGGGGGGCGUGGGAGGCCCCUCUGGGGGGGGUGGCGGCACCCUGUCCUGCUCCCGCCGCUCCUCGGGGAACCCUGACCCUGACAGCCCCCCCGUACUCUACCCCGACCGGCGCCAGUCUCCCUUCCUGAAGAGGGCGGACCUGCUGGGGUCACCAUUGUCACGUGGCGAGGGGGGGGGCGGCCCCUUCCGCCGACCCUCCGCUGACUCGCAGCCGCCCUCCCCCCGUUAUGGCUAUGAGCCACCUCUCUACGAAGAGCCGCCCCCGGAAUGCCAGGCCCCACCCAUCUACGAGGAGCCGCCCGCUGAUAUGCGCAGCGAAGCUCUCAAAGCCUCCCCAGCAUCCCCAGCCCGCAAACCCCAACCAUCCUCCUCCUUCUUCCACUCCCCCAAGCAGGCCCAGUCCCCCUACCAGCAUCUGGUUCUGACCAGGCAGCGUGGCUCCGAGGCAGCGCCCACCCUGGAGUACAGCCCGGCAGGCAGGGAGUAUGUCAAGCAACUGGUGUAUGUGGAGCAGUCGAGCUGCAGCCCCCGCUUCCGCACGGUGGACCGGCCAGCCCGCUACCAGGCAUCAGCAGGCUAUGGUGCCCCUGGUGGCUCGCACACGCUACAGCACAGCCAGUCGCUGAUCCGUGACCCGCGCUCACUUCCCGACCCCGAACCAGGUGAAGCGGCGAGAAGCGGCCACCAGAGGGCACUGUAUGAGGACGCCGCAUCCUGGGCAUCCGUGCCGGGCCAUGGCGGCUACUCGCCGGGCGGCCACCGCAAGCGCAAGACCCGCAAGCCCUCGCUCCCGCCAGAGGUGCUGGCGCACUGCGGGGAGGUCGUGGUGGGGGGGCCGGACUCACCCCGGGCGUUUGCAGCUGACGUGGCAGCGGCUCAGGCACGGUUAGCCUGGGAAGCGCAGCAGGUCCACCUGAUGAAGCAGCGCAGCAGCUGGGAUUCGGGGCAGCCUGGUGGCGGCGGCGGCGGCGGGGGCGGCGACGGGUACGAGAGCGAUGGCGCUGUGCCACUGCCCCUGCCUGGGCCUGUGGUGCGGGCCUUCAGUGAGGACGAGGCACUGGCCCAGCACGACGGACACCCCUGGAAACGUGGCGCCUUUGAGAAGCUGGGCUUCCCCCAGGCGUUGCUCGAGAAGAGCCUGUCCAUGCAGACGAGCCUGGCCUCCCCUGAGCCCUUCCUGCACCCCUCGCAGUCGGAGGAUCUGGGUGCGUGUGCCCAGUUUGAUGCCCUCAGGAACACCCGCAACAUGAUGGGCAGUGCCAGUUGUGGGGUUUUCCCCGAGUUCAGCCUGCGCAAGCCAUCCUCCGAAACCGACAUUGAGAACUGGGCAUCCAAGCACUUCAAUAAGCACACGCAGGGUCUGUUCCGGCGUAAGGUCUCCAUCGCCAACAUGCUGGCGUGGAGCUCCGAGCCCAUUAAGAAGCCCAUGAUCGUCACCUCAGACCGCACCGUGAAGAAGGAGGCCGUGGAGAUCUUCAAGCUCAUCCAGAUGUAUAUGGGUGACCGGCGCACCAAGCUGGAACCUCUGAGUGUGGCGCUGGAGAUCGUGGUGCGCGGCUGGAGCUGCCAGGGCCUCCGCGACGAGCUCUACAUCCAGCUGUGCCGGCAGACCACGGAGAACUUCCGCUACGACAGCCUGGAGCGCGGCUGGGAGCUGAUGGCCAUCUGCCUGGCCUUCUUCCCACCUACACCCAAAUUCCACUCCUACCUGGAGGGAUACAUCUACCGGCACAUGGACCCGCUUAAUGACACCAAGGUGAUGCAGCACAUUAGCCAGCUGCUGGUGGCCUGGGACCAGAGGAGGCACAGACUGCGGCGGAAGGGCAAGUGCACCGGGGAGCCGGCCGAGGGCGUGGCCAUCAGCAGUUACGCUAAGUACUGCCAUCGCAAGCUGCAGAAGGCUGCUUUGACGGGUGCCAAGAAGGGCCUGCAGAAGCCAAGCCUCGAGGAGAUCGCCCACGCCUGCACCGCCAUCUUCAGCCCCUCCAUGUUCGGCAGCACGCUGGAGGAGGUCAUGGCUCUGCAGAGGGACCUCUACCCCGACCGGCAGCUUCCUUGGGUGCAGACGCGCCUCUCCGAGGAGGUGUUGGGCCUCAAUGGAGAUCAGACCGAGGGCAUCUUCAGGGUUCCCGGUGACAUCGACGAGGUGAAUGCCCUGAAGCUCCAGGUGGACCAAUGGAAGGUGCCCACAGGCCUGGAGGACCCACAUAUCCCAGCCUCCCUGCUCAAGCUGUGGUACCGGGAGCUAGAGGAGCCGCUCAUCCCUCAUGAGUUCUAUGAAGACUGCGUCUCAAACUAUGACAGUCCUGAGGCCGCUCCCCACGUGACGCAUGUCUCUCUUUCUCUCUGUCUCUCUUUCCCUCUCUCACCCAUUUGCACCUGCUUCCAGGUGUUCGCCCAGCCCGCCAACGUGGCCAUCACCAAGAUGGACAUAAACAACCUGGCCAUGGUGAUGGCGCCCAACUGCCUGCGCUGCCAGUCGGACGACCCGCGGAUCAUUUUCGAAAACACGCGCAAGGAGAUGUCCUUCAUCCGCGUGCUGAUCCAGAGGCUGGACACCAGCUUCAUGGAUGGGGUCCUAUAGCUGAUGCGACACACACACACAUGCACACAGGGUCCUGCAGGGUCACACAUAAGCAUGUGCACGGAGGAGCAUAGGGUCACGUGAGUAUGCACAAGAGCGGAUAUUCACCUUCCCACCCACACACACACGCAAACACAAAAGUGCCAUCUUUGAUAUUAACAUGUCAAGACAAAAGCCGAUAUCAAAGACACAGAACAUUGUUUUCCAGAAUGCAUCCACAAGCACAUGCGCUAGUAUUGCAAUAUUGUCGUUGUGUCACCAAACCACAAAGGGACAGUUGGACACACAGACAGGCAGGCAGGUGACUCCGAUUCCAGUUCUGUACCAACCCUAUCCUGAGGGAAGCUGCUGUUGUACCCUUAGGUGGGCACUUGAUCUGGACUGUCUUAGCUGAAAAGGGUCUGUCUAAAUAUGAGAUUUAAGGAGUGACUCACAGGCUUCUGCAGAGCAGAAAUAACGUCAGUGAGACAGGAGGACACUUUCUGUAGGCUUUUAAUGGGGGAGGAGGAGCUUCCGUUACUUCCAAGGACCAAUGCUGUCGGAGGAAUUCUGCAGGAUUCCCUCUUUAUUUCCUCCCGUAGUUUAAGCUGUUUAAGUACGAUACAACAGGGUGGUGUCGGUAGUUUGGUUACCGAGGCCCGGUGGGUCUGCCGUAAAGCCAAGCUCCAGGUUUGCUCAGGUUCCAGGACCCCCAGCCUUCACCUGGGCCCGGCUUGCGUUUGCUGGGUCAUCGAAGUGGUAGCUUGAAUCGUGGGUCAGGUUUUGACUGGCACUAUUAAGCUCAUAGCUGAAUUUCACUGCUGCCUGCCUUAUACCGUCCUGUCAGUCCUAGCUAAUCGGUCACCGUCUCACAGCCUUGAUUCAGUUAUCUGACUCUAUUCCCAGAUACUCCUCCCCAACCCAUAUCCUGAUAUCCCAUUCCAUGGUGUGCUUUAACAUCCCAUAUCCUGAUAUAUCCCAUUCCAUGGUGUGCUUUAACAUACUAUAUCCUGAUAUCCCAUUCCAUGGUGUGCUUUAACAUCCCAUAUCUUGAUAUUCCAUUCAAUUGUGUGCUUUAACAUCCCAUAUCCUGACUUUCCUCUGUUCUGUUCCAUUACAUUCCAUGACUCACAUUUUUUUCUCAUAGUCAUUCCAUUCCACUUCCAACACAAAGCUACAAGUAAACUGCCUUAGUUUAUGAUGUCGUUAACAGUUACGUACUUAGUGACAAGAGUCCAUAAAGUUUCGUUUGAACUGAGUGAAAACUGGUCUGAUGGUUUAAUUAGCACCAGGACAUAGUGAAAUACAGGAAUCAGCUAUUUUACAUGACAUCACAAAGUACACGGAAAAUAUUUUUAAUAUGUCAGAGUGAAAAUAUAUUAACUGCCACUUUUAUGUAUAAGAUUUAUACAUUUAAAAGGUGUUUCACAGUAUGAAUAUUCAGAAAUGAUUUUACAGGAAACCUGCAUAGUAAAUCCACAGUUAGUAUAUUUUGGACUUCACGUUUCAGAAAUGGUUUCAUACAACAUAUUUCUUGUACUGUUCAAUGCGCCGUUACACAGCGGAUUUCACUGAAAUGCCCCAUCUAGUCUGCUGGCCAGUCUGCCUGAUAGUGAGACAGCCAGGUGUCUCGUGAGCCUGUUUAAGGUGAUUAUGUGGUAUGGAUGUCAUUUUUCUAUUGUUACUGGAAUUGUUUAUAAGAUUGUUGAUUUUAGGAGGGUUUUAGUUUUUUUUCAAGGACUGUUUAGUUGAUCCAUCUUGACUGAGCUCUGGCAAAUGCAUUUUUAGCAUGUGAGAACUUCUCAUGGUUUCAUUUGGCUACGAUCCUAUGAUGUGUGAGAAAACUCCCAUGUGUGUCCUGGAGUGUUUCACUGGGUGUCAAAGGCAUCACACCUGAUUUUACUACAUUGAAAUAUAAAUGGGAUGGGGAGGCCCCGCCCCUGCCUUUUUUCUUUAGAACCUGAUUGGCCAGCAUAGCCCCACCCACAUCAUAGCCACACCCCACAAAUUAGGAGUAGCAUUAUAUGUCAGGUGGGCUGCUCUUGUUAUAAAAUGAGCCUGACAGGUUUAUGUUUAUUUAAAGUUAUUUACAGGCUUGUAAAAAGUAAAUCAUCUGUGAAUAACACAUGUAAAGAAAGUUUAAACCAACACAAGUCAUGAGAACAGGGUUUAGAUCUGCAGAUAUGAAGUAAAUAAUGUGUUAUUGUAUGUUCUUGUUAAUAUAUGAAAAAUGAAGAGUUAAAGAGAUAUGAAUUGAAAUCUAUGCCCUUGUGGGUCUUUAGGAGUUGUAUUUGAAUAUCUACAGUACUCCUGUAGAAAUUUUAAGGGCCAACCCUGAAUAUCUGGCAGAGAUGGGACCCUGGUACCGUUCUGUUCAAAGUCGCAGGAUGUCUUUUCAGUGUGUAACCUGUGUGUCUGCCAUUGAUCUCAGAGUCGCCAUAGCAACGCACAUGUGCCACACAGUGCCUGAGUCUAAACUGCUCCCUGUGCUGGUCUAUACAUCUCAGUCUGUACAAUAACUCACUUAAGGGGCGCUGGUUGUGGUGACAGGGGUGGGGGGGGAUGCAGAUUUUGGGUGGGGGUCCUCACAGCUUGCAUCCGUGGGGUACACUGAUGCCUCGGAGUCACCAGUCGGUUCCAUGUUUUAAACAAAAACAGGCAACAGUGUAACAAGUUAGAAAUGUAACAGGAAAAAAAAUCUUUUCGCUUUUUAAAAUGUUUCCAAAAAUGUUUGUGUUAUUUAUUUAGUAUAUUUACUGUACUUUUUUUAUUCUGUCACUCCUGUUGAUGUUCGUUUGACUGCCAAUGCCCAUAUUGUUAUGACAUAUAUAUAGUUAAUAUUGAUUAUAUACAGAAAGGCAGCAGAAAUACACCCCCC